AUGGCAGCAACGAUGGAGUGCGGAUCUUUCUCGCGAGAGGCCACGCCUGAGGGCCUACACCUGACGCAUCUGUUUCCGGAUGGGGAAUCCACCACAGACGGCUGCGCAACGCCUUCUGAACGCAGCAGCGCCAAGGGCCCGAACAUGAAGCUCGUGUUCGGACUGCUCGAGCGCGGCCUGCCAUCGCUCCAGCGUGGCUACCGUACACCGGACCCUUCGCCCACGCGCACGGGACUGCCGAAGUGCGCUGCCUACAAAGAGUUCAUGGAGGAGGACAAUUCCGAACCGCUGCCCGUGUGCGCGGAGCGCGGCCGCACUCCAGCGAAGGAGAAGGACCGCAGCCCUAGCCCCACGCAGCAGCCCUGGUUCAGGCUGCAGACUCCGUCUCCGGAGCCCACCCCACUGCCCAUGCCGGCCAUGCCGGAGGACUUCCUGCAACAGUUCCUCCGACCGCAGCCUCGCAAGGAUCUUUGGGCAGACAUGGAGGAUGCGAGCGACGCGGAGGACGACAUGCCAGCCGGUGCCAAGACGAUGCAGCACCCGCUGUGCAUCUCCAUCGGCUCGGAAGGCCAUCCGUUCAGCUGCGGGCCUGCCUGUAAGUACGCUUCCAAAGGAAAAGGUUGCAAGGACGGUGCAAACUGCGAUCACUGCCACCUUUGCAAGUGGAAGAAGCCGGUGGCGGCCCCCGGGUCGAACCCAAGCCGCCAGAACCGUGGCCGCCAGCACGCUCGCGCCCGUCGAUCCAAGCAGCAGAAGGGCAACGAUCAGUGA